AGUGGCCUCCCUUGUUUUUAACAGCCUGCUAACAGGUUUAGGUUUGAUCAGUUGGAGCAUUGGCCACACAAGAGCAGCGACCAUCCACAGUAAUAAUGAAGUUCGUUAGAUUCAUUAUGAAAAAUGCCGCCUUGGCAAGUGUGCCCAAACAUAUCGAGCAUUUCUCUAAAUUUUCUCCUUCGCCGCUCUCCAUGAAGCAGUUUCUCGAUUUCGGUUCUAUCAAUGCCUGCGAGAAGACUUCCUUUGUGUUUUUGAGACAAGAACUCCCUGUUAGACUUUCAAACAUCAUGAAGGAAAUCAACCUUUUGCCCGAUAAACUGGUCACAACACCGUCUGUGCAAAUGGUGCAGGGCUGGUACAUCCAGAGUUUAAUGGAAAUCCUUGAAUUCUUAGACAAGAAUCCUGAUGAGCACAAAGUCCUGGGAGAGUUUGUUGACGCCUUGGUUACCAUCAGAAACAGACAUAACGAUGUGGUGCCAACCAUGGCCCAGGGUAUCAUAGAAUACAAAGAAGCCUUCCCCCAGGAUCUGGUAACCAACCAGAACAUCCAGUACUUUCUGGACCGCUUCUACAUGAGCCGCAUCUCUAUCCGCAUGCUCAUCAACCAGCACACUCUUAUUUUUGAUGGCGCCACCAACCCUAUCCAGCCCAACCCCAUUGGAAGCAUCGACCCUCACUGUCAAGUCGGAGAUGUAGUUCAGGAUGCCUUCCAGAGUGCCAAGAUGCUGUGCGACCAGUACUAUCUCUGCUCCCCUGAUCUGAUUGUACAAGAGAGGAACAACAAGAAGAACAACCAUCCAAUAAGCAUCGUGUACGUGCCCUCUCACCUUUAUCACAUGCUGUUUGAGCUCUUUAAGAAUGCUAUGAGGGCUACCAUCGAGACCCACGAGAGCAGCAACAAUCUCCCGCCCAUUCAAGUCAUGGUGUCUCUUGGAGGAGAGGACAUGUCAAUUAAGGUGAGUGACAAGGGUGGCGGUGUCCCAUUUCGUCGGAUCGAAAACCUUUUCAGCUACAUGUACUCCACCGCUCCCGCUCCCCAGAUUGGACAGCACACACGACCUCCGCUGGCUGGCUUUGGCUACGGUCUGCCCAUCUCUCGUCUCUACGCCAAGUACUUCCAGGGGGACCUGCAGCUCUACUCCAUGGAGGGCUACGGCACAGAUGCUGUAAUCUACUUGAAAGCGCUGUCUACAGACUCCAUCGAGAGGCUGCCGGUGUACAACAAAACUGCUCUGAAGAACUACAAAGUGAGCCAAGAGGCUGACGACUGGUGCAUACCCAGUAAAGAGCCCCUGGAUCUGCGCAACUAUAAGGUGGCCAAGUGAAAAUGUCCUCUAGGCCUGGUGCUUCGAGCCUACAUAACAUGAAGCCUCCAGAAUAUCUUUGUAUUCCCAUGUCAUCAUCUACCAAGGCAGACAGGCACCGAAGCUCUUACCACUGAGAAUCAUCUCCAGACCGGAGCAGACAAAGUGUCCUCUUACAUUUCAGUUUUAGCAGUAGCAUGUUGUUUUCAUUCCCUGUUGUCUUUUUUGGGUUGUUAAUAAGAAAAUAUACAAAUAGAAAACAGCUACUAACAGAGAAUACUCACCUCUGAGACCUUUGGACAGGUGGUUGAAAUACACUUAGCUUCAGUUGGGAGUGUGUGUGUGUGUGUGGACAAGCAGCCCGGAGUCAUGUGCAGGUAGGGAGACACAGAGGCAGCACCCGACAUGUUAUGGGUGUUUUAAAAAAAAAAAAUAUGAGGGAAUAUGAGAUGACAGGUGAAGAGUAACAGAGGAGGGUUUCAGUUUUCCAGUUUAAGACAUGCUAUAAUGUUAUAGCAGAUGUUUGAAAAGGGGAGAUAUGGAGGUAUUCAGCAGAACAGGGGAGGACCUGUUGUUGAACAAUUGAAAGUGACCCAGACAUGUCACCCAGGCCUUACAGUAGCAACCUCACCCAAAGGAUCAUUUUAUUAAAAUACUUGAACUAUUUAAAAUAACGCCAGUGAUGCUCCUUGUUUGAUUUAAUAGACUGUUGGAUCUCCAGAUCUGAACAAAUGUAGGACUUUGAAGUUGAGUGGUUUUGUCUGCAUGGAUGUUUGUUCAGGCUUUUGAAAUUUCAGCCUUAAAAAUGUUACCACAGUAUUUACAGUAUUGACUGAUAAGAUACAGUGUUAUCUUUAAUAUCAAUUUUCUGGACCAGGCUGAACGUAAUCUGCUCUUUUCUGUGCAUUCAUUUGCAUAAAUUAUAAAGAUAAAGAGUCCUGAAAUUACAGUAUCAUAAGGCCCAAGUUCUCUCUGAUAUACCGCAGCCGGCAAAGCGUCUGUCUGGCUUGUUUGGUGAGUUCAGUGGAGGCCGGUGUUAUUAUUAAACCACAAGAAGGCAGUGCAUGUCAUGUUUGAGUUCUCUACCAGUUUGUGAUCCAUUAAGGCAAGGCCAGUCUCACAUCAUUUAUUAUACUGUGCCAUAUGAAGAAAAAAAAUGUCCAUUGGGUCCAUAUGUGUUUAAAAAAUGAACAGUUUUCUUUUGUAAAUUGAUCUUUAAUCAUACAGUAUGUGAAAGGUUAUUUUUAUAGCUACAGUUUUUGUGACUGAAAUGACUGUAAAUACUGUAAAUACAAUCCAAAUAAUAAAUUAGAACAAGUUCAGUA